CCAUAAAUAAAAUCAAAAAUAGAACUAAUAGAUAAUAAACAUGUUAAUAUUUAUUUUAGAACAAAAUAAUUAAUGUAAAAUAUUUUUUGAAUUCACCAUUGUUACCAUCAAACUCGAAUAUAUUUCAAUUGUUUGUUGAUCUGCCCUCUAUAGUCGUUAGAUAUGAUAUUGCAUUCAUAUACUGUCUUCAGAUUACUUUAAGUUUAUUCGUGAUAGGGAAGAUUAGUAAUGUUUGAAUAAUUUUGAAACAUUAAUUUUCGAUAACUGCAGUCAGUAUGAACUGAUAAAUGUUAUUAUGAUAUUGAUAAUCACUAAAUUGGCAAAUAUAGAUCAAUAAUUUUAUUAAAUCACAUCUUAUCAUGUCUGCCGAGCAUCACAGUGGAAAAGGUUAUACACCUCUUCCUCAGUGUGUGAACAAUACUGACACCGAAGAUGAAGAUGAACAUGUAAUACAAAGAAAUGAUUUAACAAACAAAUAAACUAACGAUGAGAGAGAAACAACGGUGAAAUCAAUUAUUUGAAUAUUAAUUUAAGAAAGUAAUUAGGUCACUUACAAAUCUUAUAUUUAAAACAUUUCAAAAUUUUAUAUUAAAGAAAUUUUACACAUACUCUAAUUUUAACUCUAUAUAUAUCAUAAUAUUAACUCUAUAUAUCUUAGGAGCCUACUACAGUACACGAACAUGAAGCGUAUUUGAUGAAACUAGAAAUUUAGCAAAUCGAACUCGCAAUAGGAAAAACAUAAUUAAAUGUUACAGAGAUGAUAUACCUAAAAUGAUAAUAGAAGGCAAUACGCAAAAUGAUUUGUGGAAACGUAGAGAUAUGUCUCUUCUUCGAUGUUUCUGCUUAGUUAUAUCUAUACUAUUAUGCAUAGUAACGAUGCUUGUGUUUUUGUAUGUUUUACUAUGUGAGACUAUGAUAUGUCCACCAGUUAAUGAAUCAAAAUCAUCUGUUUCAUGGAAGAAAACUUUAUGGAAUGUAGAAGUACAUGAGCCAAUAACUAUAAUACCUGGAUCUCAAUAUGAUCUCUUCUCUCUUACUUUUAUCUGGUAAUACAAGACAACUCUUGGGAAAAUAUAUAAAACAUAAUUGUUUAUCAGUUAAUAUAUAUAAUCUUGUUUCUGUGGCCACUAUUUUAUAUUUAUGUCACGACAUGAAUGACAAACAUAUAACAAAGUACGUUUCGUUAAAAGCACUUCUCAAUGGUUCAAGUUUAUCGCAAAGAAAAAGGGAAAUAACAGCAUCGCCACGUAUAUUUAAAACGAUGAUGUUAGAUGAACAAAAUAAUUAUUGGUGGCCUACACGUUAUCAUCGUUUGAUGGUUGCAAAUGAAGGCAUAUGUUCUUGGGAAUCUUGUAAAGUUACUUUGAAUUUAAUUUUUCAAAAAGAACCAAAUCAAACAUUGAAAAUUUGGGAAUAUGUCAGCCCAAAUUCGUUUGUCUCAAAACCAGUCUUUUUGAUAACAUCAGAAAAACCAUAUAGCACUGGAUUAGUAAUAAAAUUCUGGCAGUGGCUCGAUACAAAUCCUUCGGUAACAGAUGCGAUACCUAAAAUCAUUGAACGAAAACUAAUCGAAAGAGUAUUAAUCGUUUUUGAUAAUUAUACCGACGUACAAGUUAUUAACGCUAGUCAAACUGAUGUUACUCGAUUAUGUAAUGGUACUAACUGUCAACCAAAUUUAGAUUUACGAGUGAAAUUUAAUUCCAUUGCAGCAGCAAAUAUUAAUCAAGAGGGAUAUCCAGAAUUGGUAAGUUAUUGGUCUUCAUAUAAUAACGAAUCGCCUAGAAUGCUCACGUCCAAAAUUGAAAUUGUUAAAAUAGACUUAAUAAUAUCUAACUUACCACGUCCUAAUGUUCAAUUUUUUAAAAUACUCCUUAACUAUGCAAAUUCUAUGCAUUCUACAUGCGUAGGUAAGCGAUAGAUACUUUAUUAGGAUAUUUUGGCACAGGUCAUAUAUAAUUAUUUAAAAUAUGUUGCAAAUCAAUUGAUUUUAUGCUGUGAACGUAAUUCGUAUUUUCAAAAUAACGGACAUGUAAGAAUGAUUGUGAAAUUUAUUUAUUUUUUUCUAUAAAAAAGACUAUUUAACGAAUAAAAAGAAAUGAUAUUUUUCGAUUGAAUUAAAUUACGAAUUUAAUUACAAAAUAAAAGCCAGCUUAUCGAAUAAUCAUUUUACUAGAAAAAUAAUAAUAAUGGUGCCUUGAAAUGAGUUAUUGACAUUACACGUUGUAUCUUAUAACUGUAUUAUGCUUCAGUGCGCCGAUAUUGAUAUAAAAAAGCAAUAUCAUUGUAUGUCAUAGAUUUUCAAAAUAUUAUCGUCGAAUUACGCUUAUGUAUUACAUAAAAUUUUAAGGUUAUUGUACGAAAAAAGAAAAUAAAAAAAAAAGAAAAAUCAUA